CCUGUACACGUGCGCCGUAAACUCAUUCGUUUAUUAUUGUUGAAUUUGGCAAAAUCUCAAGCUAAUUAUGAGUGACGAUGAGGAGCAAUACGAUCCCAAGGCACACAAGAAGCUGCUGCAGGCCAUCGGCAGUCUGGGCAACGUGCAGCACAUCCAGAAGUCAACGCGCGACGAGCGACAGACCCGCCAAGAUGAGUUUCAGCUGGUGAAGAGCGUGUCAUCCUCGGCUACGGAUCGGGCGCCCAGGGCAGUGGGUCUCAACGACUUGGUGCAGAUCCUUCGCACCUCCACCAAGCACAGCCAGACGGGCAAGAAGCUGAAAAAUGUGCAGAGCAGCAAGAAAGUGCUGGAGAAGCCCCUAGAAAAGCCGGCAGCGGAUCGCAUUAAGCGUACCAUUGGCUACGAGGGAGUGACAAAGAAGCUAGGCCGCUGGGACGCUGUGGUGGCCCAACAGCGAUCGGCGGAGACGCAGGUCUUUCCCUUACAGAGUGAAACGAUUUACGUAAACACCGCGGCAAAUGCCCGAGCCCUGAAAACGAGCUUGAAGUCCGAUCUGGCCAAGGAGCUCGAGGCCAGUAAUCGCAAGCUACGAGAGCUGCGCAAGGCCCAAAUUGGCGACACCACGGAUGAGAAGGAGCUGGCCAAAAAGGAGCGCCAACUGUUGCAAAAGAAACUCACCCGCGAUGAGCUCUUCGCCCGCCGCAAGGAGUUGGCCUACCUGAAGAUGCGCGAGUCCCAGAAGUCGGCCAAAGAGCGCAUGCAGAACAAAAUCAAGUCCAAGAAGUACCACAAGCUGCAGAAGCGCCAAAAGAUGCUGGAGCAGAUGAAGGAGUUCGAGCUUCUGCAGAAAACAAACCCAGAGGCGGCCCUCGAAAAGCUAAAUGCUCUAGAGAAGAGUCGUGUGCAGGAGCGGGCCAGCUUGCGACACAAAAACACUGGAACCUGGGCCAAGAAUCUCCAGGUUCGAGCCAAAUACGACAAGGAUGUGCGUAAGGAUCUGGCCGAGCAAUUGGCGGUUAGCAGGGAGCUGACACAGAAGAAGCAGGAGUCUGACAGCGAGGAUGAGUCGAGCAGGAAAAGAGCGGCUCUGGAAGAGGAGAAUCAGGAGGACUACGACCCCUUCAAUCCCUGGACAAAGCGAAAGUCGGCGGAUAACAAGGAAGGCAACGAAAACGCUGAAGGUGAAGGCGAAAAUUGGCGGCAAUAUUGGUCAAAGCGGAAUCACAAUGAAAAGUUAUUAGAAGAGCAUCGUAGGGAUAUGGAGGAGGAGGAGGAAAGUGAAGAUCAAGAGGAGGAAAAACCGAUCGCCAAGCCUGCUAAGAAAACUCUUAAAAAAUCAAAGGUUAAAAUGCAAAAUGGCUGGACAGUCGAAGAAGUGGAACCAAGUGUCGCCCCUAAAAGCCAAGUGAAAGCACCACCCCAAAGCCUUGAUGACAUUUUCGAAAAACACGACGAUCAGAUGAGGGCCAAGCUAACCAAGAAGCUGGAGAAGCUGAAGCAAAGGGUAGACAAGCUCAAGGCAGCUCCCGCUAAGAGUAAAAAGGCCAAAAAGAUAAAGGAUGCCCUAAAAAACCUGAAAGAUUUGGAACUGAAAAAGACCAAGCAGCGGGUGGAGAUCGAUGAGCCUUUGAAUUACGGGAACGAGCAGGAGGAGCCGUCUCAGAAAAUCCCUCCCCCCGUUGAGGAAAGUAAGGAGACCCCACCACUAAUAGUAGACACUGUAGAUCCCAACAAGGUAACCACUCUGGUGUUUACUCAAAAGAAAACCAGUCGCUCGGCAGGUGGCAUAGGCGAUGCUCUGAUGGACGAUGAUGCGGCGGACUAUGAUGAUGAAGAUGACGCAGCGGCUGCCGAACAUCAACUGACUGUUAGUCAGGCCUUCGAGGAUGAUGACAUUGUGGCCGACUUUAAUCGGGACAAAAACAAGGACUCUGAGCUAAAGAACACUGAGCUGCAGCUGUUCAUGCCUGGAUGGGGUUCCUGGGCUGGUGCCGGCAUAUCCCAGGAGGCGGUGGAGCAGCGAAAUAAGCGGCUCCUCCUGAAGCUAGCGGAGCCGGAGAAGCGACGCGACGACAACAAGGACAACCUCUAUGUGAACGAGGCCAGCUGCAAGAAGGCACGCGAGCACAAGGUCUCCAGUCUACCAUUUCCCUUCCGAUCCCUGGCCGACUACGAAGCCAGUAUCCGGGCGCCGAUUGGCCGGAACUUUGUCCCGGAAACGGCCUUCCGGAUGCUAACGCGACCCUCGGUCAUUACCCGCAAGGGCCAGGUCAUUGAGCCUAUGGACGAAAGCGAGCUGGUCAAGCCGAACAGGCGUUUGCGGCACAUUGUGGACAAGAGGAUACAGCGCAUACCAGUAGUGCCGGCCAAGGAGGCGAAAGCUAAGAACUAGGAAAGUAAAUACGGAAAUAAAUUUCUUUAAAAUUUGA